GCAAAAAAAAAAGUGUCUAGAUCUUUUUGCCACAAGGGAAAGCAGAAAACGAAACUUGAAACUAUGAAAGUCUAUAUAUAUACCCAAUUUCCACAGUUUCCUGCUCCUGCAUUAACAAGCACAGAGCAACCAUGGUGACCUCGGCGUUGCUUGCUCUGCUGCUGCUCAUUGCCCUUCUCUCUUUCCUCCUCUUCUCCACCGGCAGAAACACCUCUCCGUCCCACGGAGAUGGCCUCCUUGGCCACCUGCCGCUUCUUGGCUCCUCCGCCAGGAAGCGCGCCGACGACGGCCAGCGGCGGCUGCCGCCGUCGCCGACCGGGCUGCCGCUCCUGGGCCACCUCCACCUACUGGGAAGCCUGCCGCACCGGUCGCUCCGGUCGCUCGCGGCGACGCACGGUCCCGUCAUGCUCCUGCGCCUGGGCCGGGUGCCGACGGUGGUGGCGUCGUCGGCGGCCGCGGCGGAGGAGGCCAUGAAGACCCGUGACCUGGCCUUCUCGGGGCGGCCCAGGCUGCUGAUGGCGCAGCGCCUCCUGUACGGCUGCGACGUCGGCUUCGCGCCCUACGGCGAGUACUGGCGGCAGGCGCGGCGCGUGUGCGCCGUCCACCUCCUCAGCCCGCGCCGCACCGCCUCGUUCCGCCGCGCCCGGGAGCAGGAGGUCGCCGCGCUCGUCGCCCGCGUCCGCGCCGGCGACGGAGCGGGCGCCGUCAACCUCAGCGACGCCCUCAUCUGCUACUCCAAGGCCAUCAUCUCGCGCGCGGCGUUCGGGGACGGCGACUACGGGCUCCACGGCGACAAGGGCGGGGAGAAGCUGCGGCGCGUGCUCGCCGACUUCCAGGAGCUGCUCCUCGCGGCGCCCAUGCGGGAGGUCGCGCCGUGGCUCGGGUGGGUCGACACGCUGACCGGGCUGGAGGCCAAGACGAGGCGCACGUUCGAGGCGCUCGACGGCUUGCUCGAGCGGGUCAUCGCGGACCACCGCCGUAGGAGGCGCGAAGGAGGCGGCGGCCGGCCAGCUGUUGAUGGCGUCGCUGCCGACGAAGACGACCACCGGGAUUUCGUCGACGUGUUGCUGGAUGUGAACGAGAUGGACAACGACGCCGGGCUCAGGCUCGACACGGACAACAUCAAGGCAAUCAUCUUGGACGUGUUUGCUGCCGGCACUGACACUUCGUCCACGGUGCUGGGAUGGGCCAUGGCGGAGCUCAUGAACCACCCGGGUGAGAUGCGGAAGCUCCAGGCCGAGGUCCGCGGUGCCGUCACCGUCGCCGGCGGCAUCCAGGACGUGACCGAGAACCACCUGGACAGGAUGCCGUACCUGAAGGCGGUCAUCAGCGAGACGAUGAGGCUGCACGCGCCGGCGCCGCUCCUGAUCCCGCGCGAGACGACGGAGGACACGGAGCUGCUGGGGCACCAUAUCCCGGCGCGCACGCGGGUGGUGAUCAACGCGUGGGCCAUCGGCCGGGACCCUGCGUCGUGGGAGCGCGCGGAGGAGUUCGUGCCGGAGCGGUUCGUCGGCAGCGCCGGCGCGCCACCGGUGGAGUACAGCUACAGCAAGGUGGGGGUGGGGCAGGACUUCAGGUCCGUGCCGUUCGGCGCCGGGAGGAGGGGGUGCCCCGGCGCUGUAUUCGCCGCGCCGACCGUCGAGCUCGCGCUCGCAAACUUGCUGUAUCACUUCGACUGGGCCGCGCCGACGGUGCACGGCGGCGGCGUGGGGACGCCGCCCGUGGACGUGAGUGAGGUGUACGGGCUCUCUGUCCGGCUCAAGACGCCGUUGAUCCUCGUCGCCAAACCAUGGCUAGGAACUUGACGAAAUGGACCGGACUUCGUGCACUAGACAAAUGCAUUCCAUGUAUUCUGUGUGACUUGUGUGUGUAACCAUGCGUGCUUUCUUUUGAACUAGCACAACUACUGUGAUACUGUCAGAAAGUUCAGAACAGCAGUAAAUGUAAGCACAGCAUUUUGGCAAAUUGGGAAAUUGUAACAGAAAAGCAAGCAUGGGAUGCGAAGAAGCAAACAGGACAGGACAGGACAAGAGGAACCAAAACUGAAUUCCAUUUUGCAUUAGCAGAUGCAGAUCGAUUGCGAACAGAGGCACGGUACAGAGCAGAGCACACGUUCUCUUCUCCCGGACAGAACCACAGCACGGAUAUUGCAGAGUACUAGAAGUAGAGCCUACGCCUACCCAAGCUUGUUCAUAAAGGCGAUCUGAUCUGGUAUGAGAUGGUUUUUUAGCAUUCAAG